AUGGAUCCCUCCGCAGACCCUCUCGCGGGUCAAGUCGCCCAGCUCAACGCCGCUCGCACUCUGGUCCUCGGAGACGCUGCCUUCUACCCCCAGAUCGUGAACGGUAUCCUACCUAUCAUCGGAGCAAAUUCGCGACUAGAACUGCGACGAUGGGGCGCGGAAUUCCUAGCGGAGACCUUCGCCAGUCCCGUGCUGGCGUCCGCUCAGAAGGAACAGUUGGCGGCCAACGUGCUGCAGACGAUACAGGAUCUCUUGGGGUUACCGGAUGGGGAUACAGUGGUGUUGAAGCAUAGCGUGGAGACUGCGGCUAGUUUGUAUCCGUUGGUCUUUAGGCAUAUCAUAAACCGUCCGGAAGACACUGGUGCUUGGGAGCGGAUGACUGCGAUCAAGCAGGAGAUUCUACGGCAAUGGGAUUUAUACCCUUACCCGGUUAAGAUUUGCUGCAUCAAGUUUGCUCAGCGGGUUGUUCAGGUCCAGACUCACGGCACAAUCUCCGACCCCAGACGCCCUGAACAAAAUGAAACUUCCCUAGCCAUUGUUCCCAAAAACCACCCCGUUCUGGCCCUACCGCAUUUGGAAGCAGAGGCUUCCGGUCUGCUUGAUCGACUUCUCUCCGUUUUUCAGGAAGACUCAAGCGAUCCCCUCCUUGUGAACGCGACACUGAACUGCCUUGCGGUCCUAAUUCGGAGCCGUCAAUCCAUCGGCAGCAAAGUCGUCAAUGCCGUUCUCAAUUUCUAUCCCGCAAGACAAGUACAGGGCCCGUUGACCCCGGUCAUCAGAGUUGGUGUCAAGUCAAUGGAGCGGACAGCGAGAGCAUUGUUGAUCAAUAUCAUCAAGAGGAAUCCAAACCACCCUCUUACGGGUAAGAUGCAACAGCAUAUUGAACGUCUGAUGCAGUCACGCCUAGAAGUUGCCGACGAUGCGUCGCGAAAGCGCGGAUUGCCGGCAGAACCUACAGAUGGCCUGGAUAACGCCAAACGGGCCAGACUCGAUGCGCAAAUGCCCCCGCUACUCAAGAUUCCUCCUCUGCCACCGGGCCCGAUAAGCUACCAGCAGCUCUUCAAAAUUACCGAAGAUGCCGGGCUCUCGUCAUUUGAUGUUAAGCAAUUGCCUAUUGAUCUUCUGGUUAAGAUCGUGGUUCCUCUCCUUGCUCGUGCUGACCAGUCGGUCAUGACUCAGGCUAUUGAUGCUGUCCGAGUCCGAUAUCAAACCGUCAGCAAACAACAAGCAGCCGAACGACAAUCAGCAGCUGCCAACGCCCCCGCCGCGGAGGAAGAAGACGAUGACUACGAACCAGAAUACCAACCCAUGGACGUUCCAGAAACGGCAGAGCAAGCAGACGCCGUGUCGACAGAGGUGGCAGAUCUCCAACAACCCGAUUUAGUAUCCCUCGGUCCAUUCGUAUUACCACAACCCCCACCACUCAGCGAAGACGAAGCCGGCGAGAUUGGUCGCAAUGCCGUUGGACGGGUAUUUGAGAUGCUCGCAUCGACGGAAGUCGCCUCAAAGCCAGCCCAAAACAAGCCACAGCGACAGCUUGGCUUUGCACGGUUGGCAGGAAGUACUUUCGAUCGGGACGCAUGGAUCACACUCCUCACCAGACUUGCUACAAGAGCACCAGCUGGCCUCGAACUGGCAGGUAGCGGUGGCCAGAACAGAAAACCAGCAAUCUCAGACUCAAUACGCGAGACACUCUACCGAUACAUCCUCGAAGACUUCAGAUCCCGCGUAAGCAUCGGCGUCACAUGGCUGAAUGAGGAAUGGUACAACGACCGGAUUCAGAUGAAGUUCGCCGCGUCCCAGCACGGCGAAGGGGACGACGAUGAGGCGCCGACAGUGCCAUUGCACUAUGAUCACUGGGUGUUGCGAUUGCUGGAUGGGUUUCUGCCGUAUCUUGACUCGCGAGAUACUAAGAUCUUCAUCCGGUUUUUGAGUGAGAUCCCCGAGGUUACUAUUCCGAUCACUCAAAGGGUUGCGAGUUUAGCGAAGGAUCCGGAGCGCGUGAAUCUUUGUGUUCAGUCGUUGUUGUAUCUCAUCAUGUUCCGUCUACCUGCACGAGAAAUCUGUCUAAACGCACUCGAAGAUGUCUACCGUACCUACGAGGAAUCUCGCCCAUCCGCAGGAAAGAUCCUAGCCAGAUGGCGCCCGCACGUUAUCGAACAGUCGCAGCCAGACCAACAACAGCAAGCAUCUCUCGUCAGCCGGCCAGCCGCUACGACUGAGGCUUCUGCAUCUGCUACUUCGAAUCCGUCGGGUUGA